CAAUGAAACACCACCAUAUUCAUCGUCCAUGCAAAAUCCCAAAUUCCCAGAAAAACAAAAAUGUUUCUCAAAGCUUUGCUUGCGUUCUUCCUCCUCCUCUUGCCCUUUUGCUCAUCCAUUGACACCAUAGCACUGAACCAACUUGUGAAAGAUGGUGACUUUAUAGUGUCCAAAGAAAACAACUUUGAAUUAGGCUUCUUUAGCCCUGGCAACUCUAGCUCUCGCUAUGUUGGGAUUUGGUAUGCAAAUAAGUCUGAAAAGGCAGUGGUUUGGGUUGCAAACAGAAACAACCCCAUCAAUGAUACCUCUGGUGUUCUCACAAUCAACAGGUACGGAAAAUUGGUUCUUUAUGCUCACAAUAUUGACAACGUUUCUAUUUGGUCAACAAAUGUGUUGGUCGAAACCACAAGCACUUGUGUAGCUCAGCUUUUAGAUACAGGAAAUUUAGUGCUUUUCCCGGAUAGUAUUAGUAAAAGUGAAAGAUUUAUAUGGCAGAGUUUUGAUUAUCCUACAGAUACUCUACUUCCAGGAAUGAAAGUUGGGUUGAAUUGGAAAACUGGGAUGGAAUGGGUUUUAACAUCUUGGAAGUCCCAUAAUGACCCCGGAACCGGGAACUAUAGCUUGAGGCUCUAUUCCAAUCAGACUGCUACACCUGAAUAUUUUUUGUGUAAGGGUUUGACCAAAUAUUGGAGAAUGGAUCCAGGGCAAUGGCCCAUUUUUGUGAGGGAUAAUGAAGAAAUGUACUAUUCCUUUUUGUCUGAUAACACCUCAGUAAUUAGAUCGGUGGUGACGGAUUAUGGGGUAAAUCAACAACUGAUAUGGAGUGAGGCUACUAAUCAAUGGGAGGAGCUCUGGGCUGCACCAAAAUACCGGUGUGACCCAUAUGGACGCUGUGGUGCCAACAGCAAAUGUAGCCCUGACAAUAUUAAUAGGUUUGAGUGUGAGUGCCUACCAGGGUAUGAACCAAAAUCUCAAAAUGCUUGGAAUGUGAGAGAUGGGUCAGAUGGGUGUGUGAGUAAGCGAAUGGGGGUGUCAAAGUGUGCGAAUGGGGAAGGGUUUGUGAAGGUGGCACGGGUGAAAGAGCCAGACACAUCGGAAGCAGCACGAUUGUUAGCAAGUAUCAGUGCCAAUGAGUGUGAGCAGGUGUGCUUACGCAAUUGUUCCUGCACGGCAUAUAUACACAUAGAAUGGGACGGUCGCAAUGAUUGCUUGGUAUGGUACGGUGAGUUGCUGGACAUUUUAGUCCGCUCAGAGCUAGGACAAGAUCUAUAUGUUCGGGUGGACAAAAUGGAAUUAGCUGAUAAUACCAGAAAAUCGAAAGGUUUUCUCAAAAGGAGGGGUUUGCUGGCUAUUGCAAUAGCGGCUGUGCUUCUCACAUUCGUACUAAUCAUUGUGUUUGUGUACUGGUGGAUGAAGAGAAAGAGGACGAUAAAAGACUUUGUUGAGGCGGAUGAACUUGAGGAAACUAGGAGACAUCCAGAGCUGCAAUUUUUCCAUCUGAGCGCAAUAAUAGUAGCCACAGACAACUUCUCUCCUGUCAAUAAACUUGGCCAAGGUGGUUUUGGCACUGUUUAUAAGGGUCUGUUAGCAAAUGAUCAGAAGAUUGCUGUAAAAAGAUUGUCCAAAACUUCAGGACAAGGAAUUGAAGAAUUCAAAAAUGAAGUUGCUCUGAUAGCUAGACUUCAACACAGAAAUCUUGUGAAACUUUUAGGCUGUUGUAUAAAGGGAGAAGAAAGGAUGUUAGUCCUGGAACACUUGCCAAACAAAAGCUUGGACUCCAUUCUUUUUGAUCACACGAAAAGAUCCUUGUUGGAUUGGAAAAAGCGGUUUGAAAUUAUCAAUGGGGUUGCUCGUGGGAUUCUGUAUCUUCACCAGGACUCAAGACUUAGGAUAAUCCAUAGGGAUCUAAAAACCAGCAAUGUUCUUCUAGAUGCUGAGAUGAACCCAAAAGUUUCAGAUUUUGGCAUGGCAAGAAUAUUCCAUGGGGACAAACUGCAGGAUAAGACCAAUAGAGUUGUUGGAACAUAUGGCUAUAUGUCACCAGAGUAUGCAGUGUUCGGGAGAUAUUCAAUGAAAUCAGAUGUCUUUAGUUUUGGGAUCAUAUUGUUAGAGAUUGUAAGCGGCAAGAAAAACAGCGGUUCUUAUCAGCAGGAUGAAUCGCUAAACUUGAUAGGACAUGUUUGGCAGCUGUGGAGAGAAGAUAGAGCCUUAGAAAUUGUGGAUUCAUCAGUAGUGUCAUACGUGCCUGAUGAAGUCAUGAGAUGCAUUCAAGUUGGUCUAUUGUGUGUGCAAGAAGAUCCAAAGGAUCGACCAAGCAUGUCAACUGUUGUCUUCAUGUUGAGUGGUGAAGCAUCUCCUCCAUCUCCUAAGCAGCCUGCAUUUGUCUUCAGAAAAAGUUCCGGCAAUGAUGCUGCUGAUCCAUCAAUUCCAAAAGGAUCAGAUUCGUCUAUUAACGACUUGACAAUAACUAAACUUGAAUCUCGAUAAAGAUACAUCUCUUGCUGCCAUAAUUAUCAAAGUGCUAUUCUUUUUGGCUUCCUUCCUUAUUAUCAAUUUACCGCUUUGCUAGACUCUUGGAAUGGUCUUUUGACAAAACAAAAAACUCUUGGAAUGGCACUACUUGUAUAUAUUGGUCAUAAUUUAAACAAUUUUUCUCGUUUGUGUAAACCGGAGGCCCGAGUUCCAAGAACUUUACGCAUGGGAGGGGGCCUAAGUUGAGGUUGUGUGUUGAGGGUUUUAAGAGCAUCCACAAUCAUGCUUCAUGUGUGCUCUGUAUGUACGGUUGUGAUUUGUGACUUGUCACAUGACUCACAUUUA